CUCGAGACCGAGCCGGAGCGAGAGCGCGAGAGCACAAGGGGGAUUUCCAGCGCGAGCCCUCACUUCCCGGAGCGGCCGUUGUUUUGCUUUCGGUUGGAGGCAGAAACAGAAAUAAACGACGGACUCGUUUUCCGUUUUUUUCUUUCUUACUUCUUCUCUCCACUCAGAGCUCGAACACGGUAACUCGUCCAGCCCGUUGUUCUGGACUGCAGCACCGAGAGGCGUCGGGCCGUCCGCACCGAGCAGAUUGCGAUGCCAGUAGAAAGAAUGAGGAUGCGGCCAUGGUUGGAGGAACAGAUUAAUUCCUGUCAGAUUCCAGGACUGAAAUGGGUUAACAAAGAAAAGAGAAUCUUCCAGAUCCCGUGGAUGCACGCUGCCCGUCACGGCUGGGACCUGGAGAAAGAUGCUCCACUCUUCAUGAGAUGGGCCAUUCAUACCGGUAAAUACCAGCCAGGUGUGGACCGUCCAGAUCCAAAGACAUGGAAGGCUAAUUUCCGCUGUGCAAUGAACAGUCUGCCAGACAUUGAGGAGGUGAAGGACAAAAGCAUCAAAAAGGGAACGAAUGCCUUCAGAGUUUAUAAGAUGCUGUCGUCCAUGGAGAGGAGCUUGAAAAAAGGAAAGAAGAAGAUGGACAAGGAGGGAAAGUCCAAAGCAAAUAAAGAGGGAUCCUCUCCAUCUCCAGACAGAACUCCUUUUGACGCUCAUGCUGGACCUGUUGACUACACCAAUCAAGAACUGAUCAAGCAGGAAGGAGUGGAGCUCACCGUGUCUGACAGUGCUUCAGUGAUUCACAGUUCGGCAGACGACCACGUGAUCACCAGCGAGCAGCUGCCGUUUGUCUGUCAGACGGUCGAAGUGACCACUGAGAAUGAAGAGCAGACCGUCAGCUCGUCCCACUCGUACCCGCUGCAGAUCUCUCCUGUGUCUUCAUGCUGCGGCAGCGACACAGACAGUGAUACAGAAGAGAUCAAAGAGGGUAUCGGUGCAGUGUGGAGGCGGGAUUACAGCACAUCAGUCCUCAGGAUCCCCAGAUGUUCUCUCCCUGGCAUGGCCACCUUCGUCAGUCCGAGCAAGCCCAACUUCAGGGUGACCAGCACACGAGACCCGACGCCUCUCAUCAGCUACCACACUGACGGCUGGACGCCAUCCUACAGCCAGAACUCGCUCAUGUCCCCCGCCACCGGUCACACCCACGAGAUGCGAGCCAGCGUCAUCAUGAAAACCUCUGACGUCACCUCGUCCUGACCUCAGACCAGCGAGCAUCAUCGCUGCCUCCAGGAAUGACAGAGAAUGUUUGUUUUCUCCAUCAGGGCCACGUGGGGCCUAAAAAGAGGCAAACCUCCAAACCUUUGAUUUAUUGUAGCGUCUGUCAGUUCUCUCAGUUUUCGCUUUCAUUUGGCGAAACUCAUGUCAGUUAACUUAGCUUGCAGGUGAGGAGCACUUCAGGUAAAUCUACUUUCUGCAGGGGUGUGUGAUGUGAACGCCAUCUCCUUCCAAUGUCUAGGUUUGUGUGCAUGCAGGAUGAAGUUUAGAAACAAAUGCAGUGUUUCCCCUGGGUUGAAAUGGCUGUGAGGCGGUGGAGUGUAGGCAAGGGCCAA